CCACUCACACUUAGUAUAAAUAUAUCCUGUUUCUUAUUGCUCUUUGUCAGUCAGUUUGAACACUGCUCUGAUCCAUACUCUCUCUCAUUUCCACCACAAAUACUCGACUGGGAACCAAUCACCACAGAGCACCUGGACUUCACUGAGAGCUGUGGGAGGCACCACGUCACUCAUUCACACCUGCAGGGACCAACAGAGAGCACAGACAGGAUGCGUCUGGUGUUUGCUUUGGGGCUCUUUUCUGCCCUGCUGCAUCUUUCUACGGCUCUGCUGCUGGGAGCUUUCAACAUCAGGUCAUUUGGACGCACAAAAGCCUCCAAACCAUAUGUGAUGAACAUCAUCACUCAGAUUAUCCACCGCUAUGACAUCAUUCUGAUCCAGGAGGUCAGAGACCCCGAUCUGUCUGCAACCAAAAAACUCAUGGACCUUGUCAACAGAGGUUCUCCUCAGUUCGACUACAUCGUCAGUGAGCCUUUGGGUCCCAGCACCUACAAGGAGAGAUACCUCUUCAUCUACAGGCUGUCGAUGGUGAACGUGGUUCAAAGCUACACCUAUGGUGGUGGCACCUUCAGCAGACCGCCCUUCGUCGUCAUGUUCCGCUCUACAUGCACCACUGUGCAGAACUUUGUUCUGAUCCCCCAGCACACCUCUCCAAGACUUGCUGUGAGGGAAGUGGACGCUCUCGUCGAUGUGGUGACUGAUGUCAACAACCGCUGGAACACCAAUGACAUAGUGCUGCUGGGCGACUUCAAUGCAGCCUGCAGUUAUGUAAAACGCUCUGACUGGCAGAAGAUCCGUCUCUUCACCAACAAGAGCUUCCACUGGCUGAUCCCCGAUGGGGAUGACUCUACAGUGUCAGGCUCUAACUGCGCUUACGACAGGAUUGUGGUCACCACUAACAUGAUGAGGGGAGUGGUGUCGGGCAGCGCUCAGGUCUACAACUUCAUGGUGGCGAUGCAACUCAGCAAGACUGACGUAACACCUUUUAUUCCUUUUCCUCAUGGUGACAUGACUGUUGGUGUAACUUUACAGGUGCAGCAGAUGAGGUGUUUCCUCUGGUGUUAAAGUUGGAAUGGUUUGACAUUUUAGGGACUAUGCUUGUUUUCAGGUGGUGAGUUCGAUGAGAAGAGUGAUACCACUAUAAUGUCUGUUUAGCCAGUAUGAAGCUACGGCAAGCAGCCUGUUAGCAUAGCUUAGCACAAAGACUGGAAAUGGGGGGAGGGACAGGUAGCCUGGCUCUGUCCAAAGGUACCAGCACCUCCAAAGCUCACAAAUUAAUAUGUUUUAUGGAGUUUGUGUGAAGUGUAAAGAUGACAAUCCACCAUUUUACAGAGGGUUAUGUGCUGGAUUAUUUCAGCAAUGAUUUUUAUAGAAGAUGUUUUGGUUGGUGGGCUAAAAUAAGCAGAACCAUCUGUAUACUGCAAAUACAGCCCAGUCUCAGGCCGAAGUGUUUAACUGAUCCUCUGAUCUACCAGAAGAUAGCCCGUCAGUGUCAUAUGUUGCCUCACCCAGGCAUGAGUAGUACACAUGUAUGACAGUGCAGUACCAGCAGGGGGCGAUGAUGACAGGGGCAAAGGAUGAACACAGUAUAAAGAGCGACAAAGUCCACGUAUGGAAGAGAUCAGGGUGGAUGAACUGGUCAGCACAAGACUUUCACACAUGAUGCUGAGGUACAAAAACAAACGUUACUAAUAAAAUACCCUAAUAAACUACUUAUUUCAACCUAAACCAUGAUCUUUCCAUAACCUAACCAAGGAACAAGCUGCAACUGUCACCUGAAAUGUUUCCCAGUGAGCUUUAUUUCGAAAGGCUAACUGGAUUUAUUAAAGAAUAAUUAUUAUUGAUAACUGGACCACAGAAUUUUUACACCGAGGCGAGACAAAACGUGACACUGACAAUGUUGACCAUCUGGCAGCUAAAUUCCAAAUCCUACUACGGUGGAUGCAUGAUGUGCCCUACUCUGCCUCUGGUUGGCUCGUACUCAUUGCCGUCGUUGAUUAGGUUAAGGCAAAAAGUGUGAUGAUUGGUUGGGGUAUAAUACUAGGAUAAGCCAAUCAGAGGCACGGAAGGGCAGGAGAUGCCUUCACCAUUGUCGGAGUGGUACUUUUUUGGACAGGCGGGUCUAUUAUGUGACAUCUGGUUGGUAUAUAGUCCUUUAGUGAUGUAGGGAAAAAUGUGUGUUGAUGGCCUAUUGAUUUUAACAGCACAUGAUGAAACAGAUUGCACGGGGAAAACAACACCUGGGUUCUGUUUAACUGUGUAAACUGAAGCAGUCAUCUGCAUGCCAAGCUUGACUAUCAACAAGCUGCACCACAGGGAAACUUUCUCCAACAUUUUCUCUGUCUCUCUCAGGCAUUGGAUGUCAGUGACCAUUUCCCUGUGGAGGUGACGCUGAGCUAGGCUCCUGCUGUCUGAAUCCCAGCUCCCACAACUCUUCCACAGGCCGCCAGGCUAAAUCUGAAUUAUGAGUACUCAGUGGGGCAACUCUUGCCAACCAUGUGGUGAUGAAUUACAAAACUGAAAUAAAGAAAUUUGCUGCAUUAUUUCACUGCAAGUGAGUCAAGUCUUCUAUUCAAGUGCAUUAAAAGGUGCAGCGAACGAAAAUAAAGCCUCUUGUUAAGAUUUACCAACCACUUUGCACUGAAGAAAGCCACAAUAUUUAUCUAGAGCAGGCAUCUCAAACCGGUUCCAUAAAGGGCCGCGUG